AUGUUGCAGCCUCUUUCUCCUAGGGGGUUUCAACCAGGUGAGUGCCUUGGUCUGAAGGGUGUGGCCUCAGGUUAUGGAACAGGUGGUGCGGGACAGAAGGCCUGUGAGGCCCUAGAGUGCUGCCCUCAGGGGAAGACCCGCGAGGCGGCCUCCAUCAGGGCUGUUACGAAAGGUGCUGAUGUGAAGGAAGUGGACCCUACCACCCACAGCUAUGCCCUUGUGAACAAACUGGACCUCACCUAUGAUGGCAGGAUGAAUGAAGAACAGGGCAUGCCCAAGACUGGCCUCCUGAUAAUUAUCCUGGGAGUGAUCUUCAUGAAAGGCAACCGUGCCACUGAGGAGGAACUCUGGGAAGUGCUGAAUCCGAUGGAUGUAUAUUCUGGGAGGAAGCAUUUCAUCUUUGGGGAGCCCAGGAGGCUCAUCACCAGUGAUUUUGUGAAGGAACAGUACCUGGAGUACCACCAGCAGGUGCCCGACAGUGAUCCUCCCCGCCGUGAAUUCCUGUGGGGCCCAAGAGCUCGUGCUGAAGUCAGCAAGAUGAAAUUGCUGGAGUUUUUGGCUAAGAUCCAUGGGAUCAACUCCAGGAACUUCCCAUCUCAGUAUGAGGAGGCUCUGAGAGAGAAGGAAGAGCAAGCCCGAGCCAGAACUGAAGUUAGGGGUGGCCCAGCUGCAACAUCCGGUCCAAGUUCUGGUUUCUCCCACCCUUAG